GCCUAACCUUAACGUAAGACCAGAAAGCCCAUUUGUGUUUUCUUGAAGCGUUACGAUAUAGACUUUGUGGCUGUGCUAUCGAGUGGAAACCCCACUGGUCAGAGGGAGGCAGGGCAAACACUGUGACAAGCAUAGGCAUAACGCAGUUCGUUACUUGCCAUCGCUCCUCACCCUAGGUCGAUAUUUGCCAUUCGGAUCUACAGUCGUACAAUAGAAAAUACGCAUUUACCAAGAUGCCUAAGCCACUGACAGACCAGGAGAAGAGAAAGCAGAUAUCGGUGCGAGGGCUUGCAGGAGUGGAAAAUGUUUCAGACCUCAAGACUAAUUUUAAUCGCCAUCUCCACUUUACGCUCGUAAAGGACCGAAAUGUGGCGACCAAAAGAGACUACUACUUCGCCUUGGCCAACACCGUGCGCGACCAUCUGGUUGGCCGAUGGAUCAGGACGCAGCAGCACUACUACGAGAAAGACCCCAAGCGUGUGUACUACCUGUCCCUGGAGUUCUACAUGGGGCGCACCCUGCAGAAUACCAUGGUGAACCUGGCACUGGAGAAUGCCUGUGACGAGGCCACCUAUCAGUUGGGUCUGGACAUGGAGGAGCUGCAGGACAUUGAGGAGGAUGCCGGCCUGGGAAAUGGUGGUCUUGGACGGCUCGCCGCCUGCUUCCUAGAUUCCAUGGCGUCUCUGGGGCUGGCAGCUUACGGCUACGGCAUCCGCUAUGAGUUUGGCAUCUUCAACCAGAAAAUAGUCAAUGGCUGGCAGGUGGAGGAGGCUGAUGAUUGGCUGCGCUACGGCAACCCCUGGGAGAAGGCCCGCCCUGAGUACAUGCGUCCCGUCCAUUUCUAUGGCAGAGUGGAGCACACCCCCGAAGGGGUGAAAUGGGUUGACACACAGGUAGUGUUGGCCCUUCCUUAUGACACCCCGGUCCCUGGCUACAGGAACAACGUUGUGAACACCAUGAGACUGUGGUCUGCCAAGGCCCCAUGUGAUUUCAACCUGAAAGACUUCAAUGUUGGUGGCUACAUUCAGGCUGUGCUGGACAGGAACUUGGCUGAGAACAUCUCCCGUGUCCUCUACCCUAAUGACAACUUCUUCGAGGGCAAGGAGCUUCGUCUGAAGCAGGAGUACUUUGUGGUGGCAGCCACUCUGCAGGACAUCGUCCGUCGCUUCAAGUCCUCCAAGUUUGGCUCCACCGAGGUUGUGCGUGUGGACCUGUCCACCCUACCUGACAAGGUGGCCAUCCAGCUGAACGACACCCACCCUGCCAUGGCCAUCCCUGAGCUGAUGAGGAUCCUGUUGGACACGGAGCACCAGACAUGGGAGAAGGCCUGGGACAUCGUUACGCGUACAUGUGCCUACACCAACCAUACAGUUUUGCCUGAGGCCCUGGAGCGCUGGCCCAUCGACCUGUUCCAAAACCUUCUGCCCAGACACCUGGAGAUCAUCUUCGAGAUCAACCGACGCCACCUGGAGCGCAUUGCUAACCUUUACCCUGGGGACGAUGACCGUCUGCGCCGCAUGUCCCUGGUGGAGGAGGGCGACCAGAAGAAGAUCAACAUGGCCCACCUGUGCAUCGUGGGCUCCCACGCCGUCAACGGAGUGGCCCGCAUCCACUCGGACAUCAUCAAGGCCACUCUGUUCAAGGACUUCUACGAGGUGGACCCCCACAAGUUCCAGAACAAGACCAAUGGCAUCACACCCCGACGCUGGCUGGUCAUGUGCAAUCCUGGACUGGCUGAGGUCAUUGCAGAGAGGAUCGGUGAGGAUUACAUCCGCGAUCUGGACCAACUGAAGAAUUUGCUGGAGUUUGUGGAUGACGACUCUUUGAUUCGGGACGUCGCCAAGGUCAAACAGGAGAACAAGCUGAAGUUUUCUGCCUAUCUCGAGGAGCACUACAGGGUGAAGAUCAACCCCAACUCCAUGUUCGACGUUCAAGUCAAGAGGAUCCACGAGUACAAGAGGCAGCUGCUCAACUGCCUGCACAUCAUCACUCUCUACAACCGCAUCAAGAAGGAGCCCAACAAGAAUUGGACCCCCAGGACUAUCAUGAUUGGAGGAAAGGCUGCCCCUGGUUACCACACUGCUAAGCUGAUCAUCAGGCUGAUCACGGCCAUUGGAGAUAUUGUCAACCAGGACGAGGUGGUGGGCGACCGUCUCAAAGUCAUCUUCCUGGAGAACUACAAGGUCACUCUGGCCGAGAAAAUCAUCCCUGCGUCCGAUCUAUCUGAGCAGAUCUCCACAGCUGGCACAGAGGCGUCUGGAACUGGCAACAUGAAGUUCAUGCUGAACGGAGCGCUCACCAUCGGCACAAUGGACGGAGCCAACGUAGAGAUGGCUGAGGAGGCCGGGGAGGAGAACCUCUUCAUCUUUGGUAUGAGGGUGGAUGACGUGGACGCCAUGGACAAGAGCGGAUAUGAUGCCAUGGAGUACUACAAUCGCAUUCCUGAGCUGAAGCAGGCCAUGGACCAGAUCGCUGGUGGAUACUUCAGCCCCGACCAACAUGACCUCUUCAAGGACAUUGUCAACAUGCUACUGCAUCAUGACAGAUUCAAGGUGUUCGCUGACUACGAAGCCUACAUCAAAUGUCAGGACAAAGUCAGUGCUCUCUACAAGAACCCCAAAGAAUGGACCAAGAUGGUGAUCCACAACAUCGCCGGUUGUGGUAAAUUCUCUAGCGACCGCACCAUCUCCCAGUACGCCCGGGAGAUCUGGGGCAUGGAGCCCAGCCUGGAAAGGAUCCCUGCCCCAGAUGAUCCUCGCCAAUAAGCCCCAGCCCGAAAAAAAAGCCUCAGGCUUGUCCACAUUCCCAACCUCUGUUUUUCCCACAGCCCCCAACUUCUGCCUUUACCUCUGGCUAUUCCACAAAAAAA